AUGCCGCCAUCCACAGUCGCUUUCGUCCCCCCUGCACCCGAAGUGGAAGUCAUCUUCGACGACCGACCGCGCCACUCUUCCGGCCGCAGCGCAUCCAUCCGCUCGCACCCCACCAGCCGCGGCAGCGGUAGCAGCGGCCGUCACAGCAUUUCCGGGUCGGAGGGGAGUUGGAAGAUCAUUGAUCAACCACACUACGAAGACGACGAGGAGUACGAAGAGGAGGACGACCUUGAGCCUGGAGACUCAGCAUCGCGCGCGCGUCAACCACUGCCGAGACGCUACACCACCCAACACGCACGUCCAGAGCCGACUCGACGACACUCGUCAAGAAGAAUCAGACAACAGGCGCCAGAGCCAGAUCUGGAGCCCGAGAUUGAAGAGCCUCGGCGACGACAUUCGUCUCGAAGGCACCACUCUGGUCACCGCGUAAGACGCCACGACUCGCAUCGCGCUCCUUCCGACGAGUCGUCCAGCACCGUGGCGUCGUCUCACGAUGAUUACCCUUACAGCCACCAUGGCAUGCCACCACCUCGAGCCUACCCGCCUCCUCCAGGCCCAGGUUUCAGGCACGGCGUCCCGCCCGGCCAUGGUGGCUACCCUCCCAGCGCUAUGACUUCUCAGCCAGGCUACCCUGAUGGUGGCUACGGCGGGCGACAAGCGUUGGUGCAUAUGCCGCAACAGCAGCAGGAUCCAUUCGGCUAUCCGAUCCACAACAACCCCUUCUCGCCGCAGGAGUCACAGCAGAAUCCUUUCUCGCCAAUGAGUGCUGCUUCUGGGCCAAGCUAUUUUGCCAUGGAUCCGCAUGCGCCGCCAACCCACCAUCACCGGCCUCAGGGACCGCCACGACCACAGAGCUUUGUCGCGCCUAGCUCCCAUUACGGCUCAGAAAUGAUGAGUCCCUAUGGCCAUCCUGGAAUGCCGCAGUACCCUGGGUACCCCAUGCCACCAAUGCCUGGCUACCCAAUGCCGCCCUGGUAUCAACACCCUCCCUCCCAUACAAGCUCCCCAGCACCAGCGGCUGAGAAGAAGGAGGAGAAAAACGACUCGCUCGAGGCACUUCAGGCGCUUUUCACAAAGAAUGAGGAGUCCCGUGCCGCAUGGCACAAGGAGAUUCUGGCCAAAGCAGAAGCCGACGCGGCGGCAGCGGCCGAGAAGAGAGCCAGAGAGGAGGAAGAGAAGAAGAAGAAGGAAGAGAUUGCCGACGCCACCAAGAAGGCAAAGGAGGCAGCGGAGCAGAAAGCCGAAGAGGCAGCAAAGAAAGCCAAAGACGAGCACGAGAAGAAGCUCAAGGAAGCCGAGACCGCGCGCGAAGAAGCUCUGAAAAAGCAAAAGGAACUCGAAGAAGAAGCCGCCAAGCUCAAACCUCCAGACCACGCCGGCAAGAACAUCAAAUUCAAAGACGCCAUGGACCGCAAGUACAGCUUCCCCUUCUACCUCUGCAAGACGUGGAAGGGCAUGGAGGGGCUCAUCAAGCAGGCUUUCAUGGCCAUGGAGCCGAUCGGCGAGCACGUCCGGCAAGGACGGUACGAUCUUACUGGACCUGAUGGCGAGAUUAUUCUGCCACAGGUGUGGGAGAACAUGGUCCAGCCGGACUGGGAGAUUGAGAUGCACAUGUGGCCCAUUGCCGAGGAGAAGAAGGAGAAGAAGGCCAAGGACCCGCUCGCCGCGCUCAACGACCCGUUCAUGGACCUCGGCCUCGGCGACUUGGGGAUCAUGGAUCCCAUGCCGCCGCAGAAGAAGAAGAGCAGCGGCAAAGCCAAAGACGCCGGCGCGAAGCGAUCCGGUACGGCUAAGAGACAAGACGCGAAUAUCAUCACCGUCGGCCCGGACAUCCCCCCUCCGCCCCCGAAUUUCCCCCCCGGUAUGCUGCCCGAUCCGCUUGGGAUGGCUUUCGCGGACGAUUACCCGAUGCCAGCGGCGGCGCAGAAGGUCAAGCAGGCGAAGGGCAGGAGUGGGAGUAAGAGUAAGGGUAAGGACGUCACGGGGUUGGCGGCGUGGUUUGCGGGGAAUAGUCGCGGGGUUUCGAGUAAGAAGAGGUGA